AUGGAGGCUGCCAAGGCGACAGGCGAGUCCAUCGCACCGACUGUGGAGCAGGAGAAGGCCGUGGCGGGCUUCGAGAGCGACCAGCCACCCGAUGCCUACACCGAGUGGGUGGCCGUUGAUGGUGACCUCUUUGCUGCCGCGGAAGACAUGGAGCUGGGCCAGCUGCUGCAGGCAUCCGGCUUCGGCCUGCUCGAGGCCAUGUCCGCCAUCGAGAUUAUGGACCCGAAGAUGGACAGCGGCAUUGAUGCGGAGGGCGUCUACACCUUUGAGGAGGCCCAGAAAGCCAACCUCCUGCCGGCCGAGCUCACCAUCCCGCAGGUCAUUGCCAUCAUGGACAAGGCGCUCUGCUGCGAGCUCUCGUGGUACACGGGCUACAAUCUCGCUCAAACGGUGCUGACGUGUCUGUACGCACACAAGCCCCAGGCAGUGCCCAACCGGUGGCUCAAAACGUAUGCCUGCUCGGUCACAAAGACCUGCGAUGAAGUCCGCACGAUGGUCAUGAACGCAGAUGUCUACGAAGAAGGCGAUUUCCUGACCAGCACCUUUGGGUUUGCACUCGGAUCGGACCUUGAUCGAAGUAAGCUGCUCACCGAGCUCAAGGAAGUCGAGGAGGACCUCCAGAACAAAGUGAAGCUUCGCAAGGGACAAACGAAAGGCCUUCCCAAGAACACUAGCCCACUGCAGGCCGAUGCCUCCAAAGAAAUUCAGUACUGCGAAGCGCUCCUCGCCAGGUUCAGACUCCGCAAGUCCUUCCUGGUCAUGUUGCAGCUCAUGGACCAGAACGCCGGCGAAGGCCUGCCGGGCGCCAAGCGCGCCAUCGAGGCCGCUCUCUCACAUCUACCCCUCAUUCUCAAGUCUCAAUCGCUGGGUGGCGACAUCCCUGAGCACAUUUUUGACCCUCGUGCCGGCCGAAGGAUGCCGGUGUCUGUGCCCCCGCGAGUGAUCGACAUCCUCUCGGUGUCCGACGGCGUGGCCUACCUCCAGACCAUUUUGAAUAACCAUCUUCGUUUGUGUGACGCGAUCGAGGAAGUCAAUGCGAGCUCGGGUAAAGGACUCGUGGGAAGGGACGAGCUCUCUGCCCUGCAAGACUUUGUCAUCUCGGUCUCCGCGCGAGACCCGGACAUCCUUACGCGGUCCCGCAUGAGGCUCCUGUGCUUCCACAGCCGCAAAUUCCUGGGCCAGCGCGACAUGCAUGACGUCAUUCGAGAGAGCAUGAAGGCCUUCCCCCUCCCCACGGGAGUGGUGGAGCAUGCGUUGGGCGUUUCUACGCUGGACAAGAUCGGUCGGGUGCUUGCGCAGCAAUUCCGCAUCCUGUCCUACAACCUGGCGCGCCAAAGGCGAAAGUUGCUGCGGUCUCUCGACGAUUGGUCUGUGCUCGUGCACGACGCCGACAUGGUGGACGCCCUCAUCGACCAGAAGCAGAGAGAGCGAAUGAAGCGAGGCAUGCCCGAGGGCGUGACCUACUGGUGGAGCUCCUGGGUGGUGAGCCAAACGUUCCCAGUCCUGCGGCAAUACCUGCUCUCCGGAUUUGACCUGGGGCUUUACCAGCCGGCCGAGUACCCGAUGAUCUAUUGGUACCUGGACUACCUCCUCGGGAUGCACAUCCGAACGCAGGUCCAAAUGCGCGAUGCCACCAAGCAGCAGACCGGCACCACCAUGUCCAACGACCUGUGGCCGAGCGGCGAGCUGCUGCCGGAAGGGGAAAGCUGGCGCACGCAAGCAGCAACUAACCGUCCGUCCAUCUCCACACAGCCCGCCGGCAAGGUGGCCAACGAAGCUGAGCCGACGGGGCCGGGUAGCACGCUGGCCACCCUCGACUUCUCGGCUCGUCAGCUGACCACCUACGCUCACCAUCAGCUAGCCCAGGGACUCUACCGCUUCCUGGUUGGGCUGGGCGUGCACCAGGGGCGUUCCCUGACGGACAAGACCGAUGGCUCAGACGCCUGGUCAACCCGCCCGCCCUGCACCCGGAUCACUACAUCAACCUCACCAACGAACUCAUCGAGAAGCAUCGGACCGCGGAGGGCAUCUACACGUCGGCUUCCGACGCCUUCAAGGAGGCCAAGGCCGCGCUUGGCAUGGCCGUCAGCCACGCCUACCCUCCUCCGCCGGUGCUUGUCGAGGAGCUGA